ACAGUUCAACAUGGCGUAUAGCUGGAGGAGUCUGAUGCGCUUUCGAUCGACAACAAGACUGCUGCUUUUAUUCACUUUCUGCCUGACUGUCAUCCAGAGUUUGGGGAUUGAUGUGGACAGCUGUGAUAAACUGCAUCUGGGACAGUAUUUGUGUAAAGAACCCAGGAUAGAUGAUGCCACUCAAGAACCUGAAACCUGCAAGGACCGAGUGGCUUGGGUGGAAUGCCUACCUGCCCCAAACAUCAGCUGUCGGCUGUCAAAUGGAACACAGUUCAAGUUCAGUGGUGAGGAGGUCGGCUUCAACAAAACCAUCCCAUGUCGAAAUGUGAGUGGUUACUCGUAUAAAGUAGCUGUCGCACUGUCACUCUUCCUGGGAUGGAUUGGUGCAGAUCGGUUCUACUUGGGAUACCCUGCCUUGGGCCUGCUGAAAUUCUGCACUGUGGGGUUCUGUGGAAUUGGAAGCUUAGUGGACUUCAUGUUGAUAUCCAUGCAGUUUCAGGUGGAUCCCAAUGAGAUGACCCACCAAAUGCACAGGAUCGUGUUAUGUAAAUCACAUCUUUUCUUUGGAUACGCCUUUGCUGUUUCCAAACACAAAGACACAUGGACAUGGCAAACUACUCUUUGGGAAAGACUAGUCCUUAUGUGAAGUUUGCAAAUAUAGCUCAUGUAUGUGCUGAGCUAGUGUUGGUCUCGCUGCUCCAAGUUUCUCAGAUCUUUGUGUAGCUGUUUUUUUUCUACUGUGCCGCUCACAUCCUCCAUCAAUCUCCCUCCAUCUCUCAACCAAUCAUCUCUUCCUUGGAGUCAUGCUGCUGAAAUGUUAUUUAUCUUUUGUUUCUUUUCCUUCCUGUCCUCACUUUACAAUGUUGGAUGGUUUGAUGUUAUUUAAAAUAUUGUAAAUAAAGUUUUAAUAUCA